GCACCGUCGGCCUCCGUCGCAGGAACUCUUCGCGCCACACGCUCGCCCGAUCCGCAGGAAUCUCGCAUUUUACGUCCGAUAUCGCAACCUCAGAUUACGCGCUCCUAGCCGGAACUUUUGCGAAGUUUAUCAGCAGGAAUUCGGACCACUGUGACCGGCGGGUUUUUAAGAGUGUUUGACCCAUUUUUUGGGACAGUGCGUUUGGAUUUUUGGUUUUCUUGCUCUUUGCCGGUGGAUGGGGAAACAAUUAUAAACUUCUGCUAAAGAGUGUUUCCUUUAAACGUGGAUGGGUAGAGUGGAAGUGAAGCUAUCGGAAUUUGGCAUGUCAGCGACAGAACAAUAAUACCUUGUUACCCACAUCGGCCGAUGAUUGAAAACGUUACCACAAUGGAGACAGAGGAAUUGAUCAAGCUGGUGGAUGGAAUCUACAAGAACAUCCUCGACAAGUUCAAUCCGGGAGCGAGGCAGAUGAUUAACGCCGGCAAGGCUUACCUUAAGGCUUUGCACAGUGCGGCGGCUGCUUCCAGAUUGUACAUCGACGCCAUCGGCAAGCUGGCUAAACAAGCCCAACAAGGCACGUGGGGAGGAUCAUCCGAUAUAGGUGUCUCGCUGAUGAAGGUGGUAGAGGUGUACAAGGACAUACAGGAUCAACAAAUGAAUAUUCUGAAGGCCUUCUACGUCGAUUUAUUAGUUCCUCUGGAAACAAAUCUGGAGAAAGACACCAAAGUAGUUCAAUCUGAGCAGAAGAGAUUUUUGCAACAGCACAAACAACGAUCGGAGACCUAUAGUAAAGCAGCCGCCAUGAUGAAGAAACAAAGGAAGAAGUCGAGAGGAUCUACUAAGUCAGGACUUGCCAUGGAUAAAGAGUUAAAGAACAUGCAAGUGCUUGAGGAGGAGAAAACGAGAUUGGACGCUUUUUGCGAGCAGAGCUUGAAAAAUGCAAUGACUCAGGAACGACGAAGAUACGGAUUUGUACUAGAAAGACAGUGUUCGCUAGCCAAACACUAUCUUUCGUACCACAAUCAUGGAGCCGACACAUACUCAUCGAACAUCGAAAAAUGGUCCGACGUGGCCAAAACCAGAGAAUACUUGCCAGAAUCAGUAGAAAAUAUUUUCAGCAAUAGAAUACGACAAAUCUCCGUUUGGCACGACGACGACCUCUACUCCAACCCCCGCAGUCCCAACUUCGAAGAGGACCGAAUCAGCAUCAACUCCCAACUUCGCAAAACAAAAAGCAUGGACGCAUCCUGCCUGGACGUCCGCUCGAUGACAGAAGGCGGUUCCCCCGUCAACACUCUGUCCAGAGCCAAGUCAGAGUACAACCUCAACUCGUCCAACGCUCAAGACAACGGCCACACUCCAACGCGCAGGCCUAAGUCCUUGGCAGUGCCACCACCGCCAUCUUGGGACACACAGUUGGCUAGGGCGCUGUACGCUUAUUUGUCCAGUGGGGAGAAUCAGCUGAGUUUUCAUGAAGGAGAUUUGAUUGCGCUGAUUGGAGAUAGGAAUAAGGGUUGGCAGUUUGGAGAGAAUUUGAGGACGCAGUGUAGCGGGUGGUUUCCGUUGGCGUACACGGAAGUUCUCAUUGAUGAUACUAUUGGGUCACCAAGUCAUCGUAGCGACAUCGGCACAUCCAGCCAGCAACGUGGCAACGGCGCCGUUACUCCCACCAAUCACAUGUCGACUUCAACAGGAUCAGGUGGUCAAGGGUCAUCCGGUGGUAACACGCUAGAACAGCCCGCUAGAAUGUUCGGCGACACUUUACACUUGCAUCGAUCUAAUAACGCAACUAGACAGAUUCGGCGAGCGAUCGGUUCUAACAACAUCCCGCCGCCAGCCGCCCCCGCUCCCGUGCCCACCCCCUCGCUGCCGCCCUACCAGAAGUCCACAGCCCUGCCGCAGUCCCACAGCGCCAAUUUUGCGGUGGGCAAGGGCGGCGAGUCCGGCUCUGGACAGUACGCCGCGCCAGGUAUUAAAUCUUCUGCUUCUACGUUUAAUUUUUCGUCAAGUGGCCCGAAUUCAGGAUCGUACUCGACCCACCCUGCACCAGCAAGAGAACGGCCAACAGCAGGAUCUGGAUUACCUUUGCAUUUACAAGCUAAAGGAGGUAAAAUUGGCGGUCCUGUUGGAAAUGUGUCUCUGCACUCUAGCAACGAUUCUGGAUUCUCCAACGAUCCACCACCUCAGCCGGAAGUUGACUAUUCGGACGACGAAUCAAUGGCUGGACAAACAAAAAUGCCUCCUCGCCGAUCCAGAAGAGACAUACAAGGGGACACUAACAACAACACCCUCCUACAUCCGAAAUCUCCGCACACCCCCCGCCCCAAACACAAACUGUCAAACAGCCACGGAGAUCUAGUGGAGAACCGUUACUACGCAUCUGACAAUCCAGAUGUCAGUAAAGUGAAGGUCAAACGCACGAAAUCCUUCUGGAAAUUUGGCAAGAGUGGAUCGGACGAUAUUCUGGAAGGCAUGGCGCUGUGGAAACACCGAGAUUUGGUGGAUUUGGACGAGAAAAACAAUAAAGCUAAAGCCCCUAGUCAGCAGCGAGUUCGGAGAGUAAGCAGGGAUCAGUCUAACGACUCUGACAGAACUAUUAACAACAAAGACAACGGGAUAGUACAGGAAAAGCAACAGAAAGCACCGAAAACACCGAAAUCUUCCCGUCAAAAACUAAGCCUCCAACAGCACAGUAAUAUCGAAAUGGACGAAGAUAUAUACGGAGAAACACCGCAAAAUUCGAACUUCAUGGAUCAGUUUUAUGACGAUGAUGGCGAUGGAUUAAUGAUGAGAACAGUAAACAGGAAAAACAUCCUUCGUCAAUACAGUGAUGACAUUUCAGUAGCAGAAUCGGAUUUUGCAUCAGACAUGACCAGCGAUGAUCCGUACAGCAUCGUGGUAGAUGAUCAAAAACUCAGAAAAGGAGACACUCACUUCCCUAAUGUAGCUGAAAUAGGUAAAAAGUUAGAGAAACUCUCAAAAACCAGCAAGUAUUCUCCGACAAAGAAUGGUGAGGUUAUCAAUAACAAAGAACGCGAAAAGAAUGACAGGAAUACCAGGCAAACUAGGUCUCGCGAAAAAGAGAUAAUGGAGUUUAAAACGUUUGGGCUUGGUGUUGAUAACGACAACACAAAACAAACUGAAGAAUAUUAUUCCGAGUCGACUAAAAAAGAACGCAAACCUAAACCUCGACACGAGAAUCGAACAAACGAUAAAGAAGUGAUGGAAAGAAAUAGAAUAAACAACGAAAAAAGAGAGAAAAGAUCGAAACAUUACGAAUCGACUAACGAUGAACUUUCUGACGUGGGUGAUAACAGACAGUUUUUGCCUAGAACAAAAUUGACUAAAACCAACAGUAAAGGAUCAAAUUACGAGCAAGAUAUUAGUUUGAUGGAAUAUGGGGAGACUCUUCAAAGGAGGUUAAAAAAUUCAGAAUUCAACUCAAAAUAUGAUGAAAAAUCUGCGUUAAAUGGUAAUAUGUACGGUCCAUGGUAUGAUUUGUGGGGAUUGGAUUCCUCCGCUAGAAAGUAGUUUUGUUUAAUUUGCACCUUUUUUCUAGUAGUCUUGCUUGAAUGAAUUGAUUCGGAUGAAUUUGUUUGGGAAAUUUUUGCAUUUUCUUUUCCAGGUGUAGCUCCAACUUCGGAACUAUGAAACUGAGAAAAUCUAGCGAUAGAUCUAACACGCUUAUUUUAGAGUAAGAAGUUUAGAAAAUAACAGAUGAAAACUGUGGUCAAAAGUAUACAUUUCAUUUGUAUUAUUUUUUCGGAACAGUUUUUAAAAAGCAAACAUUUUCUUCUUGAAAGAGACAUUUCUAAAUUCGUAAACUUUGAUAAGUACCAUUUAGAGGGAUACAUUUUAUUUUAGUUAAGGUGUUUUAAGUAAAUACGUUUGCAGGGGAAACGUUAAAUCGAAAAAUUUGAUAUAAAAAGCCUUAUAUUUUUUGAAAAGUCAAUUUCUUCUUAAAUUUUCUGGAACUCCUUCAUUUACACACAAAUUUAAUAAAAAUAUAAUUUUUAAAAUCACAGAUUUUUCUAAAAUCUACAUGACAUUCGUUGUGAAUCUCAUAUUUAUUAUACAGGGUGAGUCUUAAAUAAGUGCAAAUAUUUUCUCUUUGUAGUUUUUCAAAAAUGUAUAAUAUAG